AUGGCUCAAGAAGAUGAUGAGGAGGAUCUAGUUUUUAACGUUGAAGAAGUUCAAAAACUAGUAAGAGAUAACAUCGAAUUAUGUUUAGGAGGGAACGUUUACAGUCAUUCUCGGGCGCCUCAGUGGAUAACUGUAAUCACAGAAAGAACUUUGGCGAGAUUAACAAAGCUAAAUAAGCCUUUUAAAUACAUAAUGAGAAUGACAGUCACCCAGAAGAAUGGGUGUGGUCUGCAUACGGCAGCAGCAUAUUUUUGGGACACCGCAACAGACGGAACGUGUACUGUGCGCUGGGAAAACAAGUACAUGUACUGUAUUGUUAAUAUUUGGGGACUUGCGUUACAAUAA